UCUUAAAAUGAACAUCAGCCAAAUUCCUUUUGAUUUUCAAUGGUGAGUAUACAUUUUAAAAACAGAGCUUUAGUGCGGAGGAAUAUUAUUUACACAAAAAAAGUUGUAAAGUUGUUUUGUUUGGGGGGGUUUGGAUCACCCUGUACAUGAAAUCAACAUUUGAAUGAACAAUUUUUCUGUGAUUUGAUUAAGAAAAAUAAACUUUCUUUUUUCCCCUUAGAAUCGGCUUUGACAUGGUUCUUGACAUGUUCAAAGAAAUGGACAUCAGGAUGAAAGAACUGAAAGCAAAGGACAAAGAAUUUGAUGCAAAGAUAACAGCAAUUGAAGCAAGGGAACAAGAAAUGAACUACAAACUGAACGACCUCAGAACUCGUGUGGAAAACUCCAAAGACGCCAUAAUUUCCACAACAACUGGCUAUCGGGGCCACAACUACUUACUCUCCAAACCAAUACUGGUUAACGUACAUGAAGCCAAUCGUCUCUGCCGGCUCUAUGGCGGGUAUUUGGCGGAGAUAAACGACAAGCAAGAGUUCCAGCACCUGGCGGACUUCUCCAGCUCUCAUGUGCCUGGUUCUGUUUCUAUUGGCGUAAUGCUGGGUGCCACAGAUGAGGGUCAUGAAGGGAGGUGGACAUUUCUCACUUCUGGUGGCAACAUGACGUCUUUUGUGUGGGGUAACUCAGAGCCGUCACGGGGAGCGAAUCAAGACUGUUUGUAUAUAUCGACAAACUCAAAGACAAUGAUGGACGAAAUAUGUCUAAAAUAUACUUCAGUUUGGCAAUGGCGAUUUCUGUGCGAAAUCAAUGCUUAAAUUUUGAAAACCUUGAUAAACGUUUCACUGUAAAUGAAAAAAA